AUGGCUCCACAGAGAAAGUUCUACCUUGGUAGAGAACGCGACGGGAGACCCGGAGGACUGACGCUUCCUGAAGGGAAACCCCGAAUUAUUGAUAUUUUGUUCUGGGCUGGGGUUUUCGGUGGCUUUGUUGUUAGGGUCAGUGGGCUUGCGGGCUUUGUCUUCCAAGCUCGUAUUCAUCGACCAGCCGGCGGCGCGAUGGCGAGCACUCCACCCGCCGCAUCCGAUCAGUCUUCUGCCAGCUCCCCUCUUAGUCAGUCUCUCGGGAUCGAUAACCUCUUAGAGGAGAUCUGUACGACCCCCACCACGGUCAUGCAUGACGUCGAUCUUUCGAAGCCUAAUCCACACCCCAUUCACGGCGUCCCUGGCAAUCCUAGCCCUCCUUUCAGUAUAGGCAUGCUUCCAAACGCAAAUCAGUACACCGGCGUCCCAGGUCACAUCGUAGCAAGUACAACUCUUCCAUCGAUUUGCCCAAGCCAAGGCUCUCAGCAUGGCAUGCAAUCUCCGACUGCUCCCCUCCCUGCCCGCUACCCAGCGCCCGCACCGAUCUACAACCCCGCCCAAGCCCGCGGCACCUUAAUUUAUGCCAACACGCCUAACUACUCGGCAAACCCAGUGACGCCUUCGCAUUAUUCGCUCUCUUCUUCUCACAGCUCCUCCUUGACCAAUCCAUCGCCAACGCCAACAUCUUUGCCAACUACGAGCCAACCGACCACCCAAGCCCAAGACCUACAACUGGCUGCCAUGCAACCGCCAGCGACUAUUUCCCUGGCUACGCAGAAGGCAAGAGAACAAGCUUUGGCGGCAAGGGCUCUGAAAAAGGAGGAGGAGCAUACCAAGCAGUUGAAUAGAAUGACCAGAGAAAACAAUCACUUGCGCAGCCAAGGUCUGAUUGUAGAAAACGAAAAGGAGAAAUUCCAACAGAAGGUGAAGGAACUGGAGCGACAAAUUAUUAAACUAGGCAAAGAAGUCCUGGCCGAGAAGAAACGUGGAUCAACUUUAGAGGCAAGUGCGUCAGCUUUGCAAGAAUCUCUACGCCUCGAAAAGCGCGAAACAUUGCGUUUGAGCUCCUUGAUCGGUAGACCAGCAAUCAAGGAGACGCGUCGCCAGAUGGGGGUUGUCCACAACUUUAUGGUCUGCAAGAAGAUUGGGACCAAGACGCACACCCAACGUCAAGAGAGGCUCAUUGCUCUGAUGAUGAGGGAAAUCAUCCAUCAGAAGAAGGUUAUGAGUCAUCCGGAACACACCAUCCAAAUCUUGAACUAUACACACCAAUCGAACAUUGCUCAACUCAAUGCCGAGUAUCAGCAACAUAUCCAGAGUCUCCAAGCUGAACUCUCAUCCCCAAAUUCACAUCUCACAAAGCCACAUCCUCCAGCCCAAGAGUUCAACGCCAAGAUCGAAGAACUGGAAAUCAAGCUCAAGGGUGCCCAAGAAUGUGCCAGUACUGAACGGAGCAAUGCCUCCGAGCUCGGUCUUACCGUCAGAAGCCUCAGGAUUGAUCUUACAAACAGAGCAUCCGAUAUCAAAGACCUAAAACAGAAGCUUACGGAGAACAAGGAUCUCGAAACAAAGCUACGGGAAGCCGAUGCUGCUACAGAGAGAGAACGAACAAAGAACGCCGAGCUUGUGAACAGGAUCGAUGGCAUAAAUGCAGAUCUUGAAGAGCACCGAUCGGAGAUCGAGGAUCUGAAUGAGAAGUUGAAGAACAAGGGGGAUCUUGAGUCAGAAAUCCGGGCUGCGAACUAUGCGAUUGGCCAUGAACAUAAGAAGAAUUCUAGGUUUGAGACGACAAUUGCCGACCUGAAGACAAAACUUGGAGAUCUCGAAUAUGAGAACAAGAAUUUGGAAGAGAAGAGGGCCAGUCUUGAAGAACAGCUCCAGAUGGCUUUGAGAGACAAGAAGACCGGAGGCUUCGGAAAUACAGAAGCGGUUCUGCACAAUGCAAACCCUCAGAAGAACACUGCUGAGGAUUUUGUUGGAUUGGAGAGCGGACAUCUCGACAAUUCCGAUCCUACGGGCUCUAGACCGAACAACGAACAGCACCAAGAGUUGGAGAUCAAGAACGGGCACCCUCAACCGCUUAUCCGCCGAGCAAACAAACCCAAGUUUGCUCGGCCUAACACACCCCCGCCCGGUCCGCGUAGAGGGCGUGACGAACCAGAGGAAGUCUACACCCAGCGGUUGCGCCGCUUGACCCAGCUCUCAUUGGACCACAAUGCAAAAUUACUUGGCCAAGACAAGGGCCAUUCUGCAGUGUCAGACUUGGAAACCACACAAUAUCAGACCAUUGAAGAAUUCCUUUCUGAUCCGACCAAAUGUUUUGUCGCCAUGUGGGAGAAGCUAGACGCAAGCUUUUCCGAGAAUUGUGAGCUGAAGAAUGAGAUUGAUCGAUUGGAGGAUGACCACAACCAGCAAAGCAAGAGACUUAAGGCCAAAGUGAGAAAGCUGGAGGCCACCGUCGAUGGUUUGAGGCAAGAGAAGAGAGAUGAGAACAUGAAAUUGAAGCUCAGAGAACAAGCUUUGACGAAGGCAGAAAAGGCUCUCGAGCAGAGAGAACAAUGGCUUAACAGAGUCGAGUCAGGAGUUGAUGCGGUCACCAUGGCUGAAUCAUCCACAAGUAGUUGGGAUAAUGAGACUUACGAUGAUGGUUCCACUAUCUUCGAGGAUCCUCGCAUUUAUGGCGACAUUCAAGCCGCUGAGCGGUGUUCAAUGUUCGCCGAUACUUGGCACAAUGGCGGUUGCGAGGUUGGCUUACAAGUCGAUAAUACCGAAGUUCAAUGUCCCAGUCCAGUCGGUGACAUUGAAGCAUCCCAAUGUCCCAACCCAGUCGGUGACAUCGAAACCGAAUGUUCCGGUGUAUCUGGGACAUUCCCUUGGAAGUUGAUACUCGUCGAUUUGCUCGUCAUUUUCCUCCUCCUGGCUGGUAUGCUCUGUUGUACAAUUUUCAAGCAAAAUCCUCCUUCCGAACAACGCCCGCCACAUACAUGUCAUAUUUCCGAGCGGCCUCACUUCUCGAUGCCUUUUUCUUCGCCGGAUCGUGUGCCGAUCCUCGUAUGCCUUGAAAAUGGCAGCAGCAACUCCACCCCUGCCUUCUCCUUGACUGUUCCAAUUCUGGACAGCCUGGUCAGCCAACUGCCACUAUUUGAUGGCCCUGGUUACGAGCAUGUCACCCCUCCUGAAGCAUCUACUGGGUUCAAGAGCUGGCUUUGGGAGUUUAUGGUGACUGGAGCAGCACAAGGGCAAUUCGGGGCUGCGGUAGGGAGCAGCAGUCUUUAUCUUUGA